AUGUUCUGCUCAGGGAUGAAGGAAGCGACCUCGAACGUCGUCUCAUUGCAAGGAAUUUGUCCAGAAGGGCUCAAGAAGAUCAUCGAUUUCAUCUACAGCGGGGAGGUGAUGAUUGGAAUGGACGAUGUCUGCGUCAUCUUAGACGCCGCUACUCACAUGCAAAUCAGUCACGUGGUCGCCUUUUGUACAGAGUUCCUUGUCGAGCAACUAACGAUGAACAAUUGCCUCGAAAUCGGCAACAUUGCCUCGCAGUUCAACUUGUCCGAAGUCGACGACUUCAUCAAUCGUUUUCUUCUUCAAAACUUUACAUCUAUCCCCGACUUGUGCAAGAUCCCGUUCGAAAGGUUAAAGUUCCUCCUGGGUUCGAACGAUCUCCAGGGAGUCAAGGAGCUCGACCUGUUUCACUACGCCAGGGUUUGGCUGAAAGGAGGUCUGCCGCAAGAAAAUCGACUCUCCCGCGCAGGAGAACUCAUGGAACAGAUCAAAUUCCCGCUCAUCCAGCCUUCCAGCGACCUAAACGAGAUCAAGGAUGUCGAUUUUAUGAAAGAGUCAAAAUGUAUGCAGCUUUUGCUUGAAGCCACAAUUUACCAAAUGCUCCCAAACAUGCAGCCACUUCUUCAAACUUCACGAACCCAAAUUCGCUCAAACUCGAAUCACCUAAUCGUCCUUGGCGGAGUGCUUCGUCAACAACUCUCUGUUUCCAAUCAAUUAAGGGCGUACGAUGAAAACAAAAAGGAUUGGCUUCGAUUGCGCGAAAUGGAUCAUCCACGGUACCAACAUGGAAUCGCCGUGAUUGGAAAUUUCCUAUUUGUCGUCGGCGGCCAGAGCAACUACGAUACGAAGGGAAAGACUGCUGUUGAUACUGUCUUCCGCUUCGAUCCGCGGACGAAUUCCUGGCGCGAAGUUGCAAGCCUCAACGAAAAACGGACAUUUUUCCACCUGUCCGCAAUUGGGAGCAAUUUAUACGCAGUUGGUGGUAGAAACUCCGCUGGAGAACUGGCAACAGUCGAAAAGUACUCGCCGAAGGAAGACGAGUGGAACUUCGUCUGUAAAAUGAAAGAACCUCACUAUGGCCACGCUGGAACAGUCUACGAUGGAAAAAUGUACAUUUCCGGUGGAAUCACUCACGAUUCUUUCCAAAAAGAGCUGCUUUGCUACGAUCCGACAGUUGAUGAUUGGGAGACUAAAAAUCCGAUGACAGUCGUUCGGGGGCUUCAUUGCAUGACAACGCAUCGUGACCGUCUGUACGUUUUCGGCGGCAACCAUUUUCGUGGCAGCUCUGAUUACGACGAUGUCCUGGAGUGCGAGUAUUAUCUACCGCGAACGGACCAGUGGGUGAAAGUUGCGCCAAUGCUGACUGGUCAAUCAGAUGUCGGAAUCGCUGUUUAUAAUGAUCGAAUUUAUGUCACUGGAGGCUACAGUUGGAAUAAUCGUUGCAUGGUCGAUAUUGUUCAAUGCUACGAUCCAGCAAAAGACAAGUGGGAGAACCGAUUCGAGCUGCCAGAAGCUCUUGGUGGAAUUCGAGCUUGUACUUUGGUGUUGAAGCAUCCGUCGGACUAUACUGUCGUCAACGUCGAAAAAGAGAUUUCAAUGCUCGAGAUCGGCAGUAAUCAUGGCGCUCGAUAUGGCCUCCCGCCUGGAAUGCCCAAUAAUGCGUCACUAGAUUCUGCCCCGCCGCUUUAA